CAGGACACGUGACUUGGUUGUGUGUAAACAGCCGUUAGGAGUCGAGAAGCUCGAGCUGUCAGACGCACGCAGACGCAGCGACGGCUGACCGGGCAGCUCAGACCUCCCUGGGGAUGCAGCCGGACUCCUGCACGCCUCCUGCGGUGCUCUUCUUCUGUGAGGGCGGAGUCUGUCAAGACAACGCCCAGGACUUCGCCGAACUGCUGCCCACAGAAAUGAGCGUUCGGAUCUUCGGCGAGCUGGACACGGCGAGCCUGUGCAGCGCCUCACGGACCUGCAGGAGAUGGAACCACAUCAUAGAGGGCAGCGAGCAGCUGUGGAGGAACCAGUGUCUCCUGGUUCGAGCCCUCUGUCAGAGGGAGGUGGACGGAGACCGCCAGGAGGGAUUGUCAUGGAAGGUGGUCCUGGUGAGAAACUACACCCGCAGCCGUGUGAAGAGCGCCUGGCUGAAAGGGCGCUUCAGCUGCGUGCGCUCGGCCGACGAGCUGCUGGGAUGCGUCAUGACGCCGCUGGACGUAGAGUCGUGGGGAGAGAUCCUGCAGGCCGAGCUGGACCGCUGACCCUGCGUCGCGUGCACACUCACUUCUGAACCUGAAUCCACACACACAAACUAACAGCAGGGGGUCAGACUGACUCCUCCAGCUGCAACAUCUCAGAUCUAAAUAGUCUGAAGAUUUUUUUAAAGUUUUUAUAUUUAAGCUGUAAAUAUGUGUACAGAUGUAUUUAGUUGUGAAUCGAGAGUGUUGAGAGAAAAAGUUGAGAAAAUAAAUUUUAUGUAAUUUGUACAUUAAUCACCUGUUUACGCAACAACGUUUCAAGAGGAAACACAUCUCUUUUGUGUUUUUAUUUCAGAAACUUUUUGCCUUUAGAUGUAUUUUAAAAAUUAUGCCCGUUUGCACAGAAAUGACAGAAAGCUGAAAAGCGUUUUCCUGUGUGGCUGCUAUUUGAUGCUGUGAUUAUGUGAUCAACUCACCUGUGUUCAUCCUGUUAGUCCACUCUGUAUUGGUUGUUAAUGAGUAUGAAAAUGUUUCUCCAAAUGGUGGUUGACCAAAUGGUCAUCCACAUGAUGCUGUUGCAAAUGUGCACUUGUGAAGAGCAAGCAUUGUAUUUAUGAUUAUGAAUGAAUCCUUCUCAUGCAUGUGCAGGAGCAGUGCUUCAGAUUCAAUAGAGACAGAGUCACAGAAUUUCCAAAGUUCCAAUUUACAAGCCAGCAACAACAACAACAACAACAACAACAACAACAUUUCCAGUGACUCCAAGCACCCAGUGUUUUGAAAUUACAGCCCUAAAAAGCAAAGGAAGUUUUCCAUUUUCACUUGAAAGAGUUGUUGUGUAAACAGGACCUGGAUUACAAAGAACAUUUGGUUUUUUAAUUGUUGAAAUAUUUACUUUAUUAUCUUUUAAUCACAUGUAAAAGUUUUCCAAUAAAAACUUUUGUAACAGUUGUUUUUUUAAAAAAAUAAAUCCAGAUGUACUCCUUGA